GGUGUCCUCUUGACAUUGAGUUCUGCACUGAGGCUUUAUAUUACCUGGAGACGCGUGCGGCGGACGGUGCGGACACAGAUCACAGCUUCGGGAUAAGCCAUGGAUCACUGGUCUCGUGAAAUAGAUGGGAUAAGAAGAGGGGGGCUGGUCCAGAGACCGGGACGUGAUGGCAGCUGAGCCUAGACCAGCCGACGACAGUCCCAUGCUCAGGAGAGCCUCUCUGGAACAGCCCAGGGGGAACGAUGAGGAGCAGAAGGCCAGUGUCUCCAGCUCUACAUACAAGCAGAGGAGUGAAGAGUUCCGCAAACUGUUCAAGGACUUACCUGAGAGCGAGAAGCUCAUAGUAGAUUACGCCUGUGCCCUGCAGAAGGACAUCUUACUUCAGGGGCGCCUCUUCCUGUCCGAGAGCUGGAUCUGCUUCCACAGCAACAUCUUCCGAUGGGAAACCUCGAUAUGUAUAUCCCUGAGAGAAAUCACCUCCAUGACCAAAGAGAAAACGGCUCGUGUCAUCCCCAACGCCAUCCAGAUCACCACCGAGAACGAGAAGUUUUUUUUCACAUCAUUUGCUGCAAGAGACAGAAGUUUCUUGAACCUGUUCCGUAUGUGGCAGAAUGUUCUACUGGAUAAGAGCCUCAGCAGGAAGGAGUUUUGGCAGCUGGUGCAGCAGAGCUAUGGGACCGAACUGGGCUUGAAUAAUGAGGAAAUGGACACUCUAACCCUGCCGCCAGAGGACGCCGCACCGCCCAGGACUCCAGGGAAGCCGGCCGCAGAAGACUCCUCCGAGAAGUUGGAGAAGACCCCUAAAGGCGGAUCGCUCACCAGAGAUGUGGUGUCCCAGACAGAGACGGACUCGCUGAACCUCCUGCAGAUGAUAACAGGCCAGACCCAGUCCGAAGAGGCUCAAGGGGAAAAGGCGGCAAGUAGAAGCCCCCAACUCAGCUCGAGCAGGAAGAGAAGCCUCCGGAGGCACAUUGGGACCCCUGCCCUGGCCCUGGCCCUGGACCUCAACGGAAAUGAAAACCAGCAGGCGGACAGGAGCACUGGCUCCGAAUCUUCAGAGGAAGAUGAGCGGCCUCAGGAGUUGCUGGUGGACGGCAGAUUAUACAUUAACCGGGUCUUUAACAUCAGCGCAGAGAGAAUGUUUCAGCUUCUGUUCACACCCUCGCGCUUCAUGCAGAAGUUCUACUCGUCCAGGAAGGUGUUUGACCUGGAGUCCUCCCCCUGGCAGCUCGACAGCAGCGGCAAUCAGGCGAGGACCCUGACCUACACCAUCACCAUCAACAACCCGCUGAUCGGGAAGUUCACCACGGCUACUGACAAACAGAUCCUGUAUAAAGACAGCCAGGAGGGCCAGUACUACUCUGUGGACACGGAGGUCUACACACACGACGUGCCGUACCACGACUACUUCUACACUGUGAACAAGUACUGCAUAUCCCGGGCCUCCAGACACAAGUGCAGGUUACGAGUUUGCACGGAUGUGAAGUACAGAAAGCAGCCAUGGGGUCUCGUCAAGACCUUCAUCGAGAGGAACUCGUGGAGCGGGCUGGAUGAUUACUUCAAACAGCUAGACUCGGAUCUGGCGGCGGAGGAAUCCGUGGGCGCGACGUUGCAGGAAAACAACAAAUCUACGAGUAUUAGACGGCGGAGACGGACGCUCAGCUGCAGCCCCGGGGAUCUCCUGACCAAACAUGGCUCCAAGCUGGAUUCUGGGAAGAAGGGACUUGACACGAAGAGAGAGCACACAGGGAUAAGAAGAGACGGCGGAUGGAGGAACUCCAUCAUCAUCAUUGUAAUGAGCGUCUUUCUGGUCCUGCUGGUUCUGCUGAACAUCACGCUCUUCAUCAAGCUUUCCAAGAUCGAGCACGCAGCGCAGUCUUUCUACCUCAUCCAGCAGGAGAGGUCCGGCAGGUUACACCCCAAUGAGGUCACCCAUGGAGAAGAAACCCAGAGGAGGAAGGUGCCGGGGGCAGCCCUGAAAGGCGUUCUGAAGGACUCCAUCACUACGCUAGAACAGCUCAAGAAGUCCCUCCUCAUCCUCCAGAAAAGCUUUGACCAAAUCAACAAGUCCAAUGGAGAAGGGACUCCUGGGAGUUAGCGGGCCGCCUGCAGGAUGUCGCCCUCCUCUAUGGAAAGCCCAGCGAGGAAUAUUCUACAGUUUACAGCAUGGUCGUCUUCUUGAUUGUUCUAUGAAGCUGCUAGAUGUUUUUUGUUUUUCUUUUUUAUCUUCAUCCCAAAGGAAUUGUCUAUGAUUAAAAAAAAACAUGGCUGCCUUCUUCCAGAAACAGCACCACCCUUGUCCGCAGGUUGCAUGUGGUAUGGCAGCUCCGCCCCGGUCACAUAAAAUUGAGCUUCAGUACCAGGUGUGGCGCUGUUUCUGGAAGAAGGCGGCCAUGUUUUUCACUUGUUCUGAAGAUUUCUGUCCCAUAAAAACCUUUUAUUAUAAUGAUUGAAGUGCCCGGACUGCGCUCCGUUCAGAUGUGACGAUUGGAGGGGGCGCUCUGGCCGGUCUCAGGGGUCGUUGUCGUGUACGUUGUCUGUAUGUGACUGUUUUAUCUGUCUGUAUAUAGGAUGUCCCUUUACGUUUACUAUGAGAUUGUUAUUUAAAUUAAAGCAAAUGUUUUCUACACCAAGA